AUUGCUCCUCGCGUUCCGAGAAAAUAGAAAAGCCCCUAAACACUACAACAAGACGAAAAGCGACGGAGGAGGAGGAGAACGCGAUUAAUUCCUCGAAACGCGAUUUUCGGUGCGACCGAAAUUACGAUACCUUAAAUUAGGGGCGGCGAUGUCGACGGCGGUGGCGGUGGCCGCCGUGGCGUCUCCGGCGGCGGCGGCGGCGCUCCCGGAGGUGUUCGCGCGGGACGCGAUGAUCGCGUGGUUCCGCGGCGAGUUCGCGGCGGCGAACGCCAUCAUCGACGAGCUCUGCGCCCACCUCCUCCAGAUCUCCUCCGCCGCGCUCGGCAGAGGCGGAGGCGGAGGCGGAGGAUCGGAGUACGAGGCGGCGUUCGCGGCGAUCCACCGCCGGCGCAUGAACUGGAUCCCCGUCCUCCACAUGCAGAAGUUCGUCUCCAUCGCCGAGGUCUCCGCCGAGCUCCGCCGCGUCGCCGCCUCCUUUUACGCGGCCGCGGAGAUCGAGAAGGAGGCGGCCGCCGCGGCGCCGGUAACGGAGGCGGAGGAGGCUAACGGAGCUUCUCCGGUGGAAGAGGAGAUCACCGCCAACGGAGCCGUUGAAGCCGUUGACGGCUCCGCUAAGUCCACGGACGGAGGGUCGCCUGAGGAGCGAGAUUCGUCGGGCGAUUCGACGGCGCGGAGAGCGACGGAGGUGGAAGAAGAAGGCGGACCUGAUCAUGGAUCCCGUGGAGAAGAGAGCGUGCUGGAAAACGUUCAAAUAUGCUCCGACCAUGAAGAUUGCAUGGCACGUCCCGAAAGGAUCAAGAUCCUGAAAGGUUUUGUAGCCAAGGAGCUGAUGAAAGGGCAUAUGGUCAAUGUCGUAAAGGGCCUCAAGGUCUACGAGGAUAUCUUCAUGGAUUCAGAGCUUCUGAGGCUCUCCGAGUUCAUAAACGAGCUGCGGCAGGCAGGGCGGAACGGAGAACUUUCAGGUGAAACCUUCAUUUUCUUCAACAAGCAGAUGAAAGGAAACAAGAGAGAGAUUAUUCAGCUUGGGGUUCCGCUGUUCCAGCCGACCAACGAGGACGCAACAUGUAGCAUAGACCCAAUUCCCCAGGUUCUGCAGGGAGUGAUCGAUCACCUCGUCCAAUGGCGCCUGAUACCGGAAAGCAGAAAGCCAAACAGCUGCAUCAUCAACUUCUUUGACGAGGAUGAAUACUCGCAGCCAUAUUACAAACCCCCGCAUCUGGACAAUCCCAUUUCCACCCUUCUCCUUUCUGAGACUACUAUGGCUUUCGGACGGUCUCUCGUUAGCGAUCACAACGGAAAUUAUAAGGGUCCUCUCACACUAACACUCAAGCAAGGAUCGCUGUUAGUGAUGCGUGGGCAUAGCGCGGACAUGGCGAGGCAUGUGGUGUGCCCGUCCUCCAAUCAUAGGGUGAGCAUUACAUUCGUGAGAGUCAAGCCUGCUGCUCCUUCCAACGCAGCUGAUCCGUCGUCCGCAAUUCCAUCUCCAACAAAAGCCAUCUCGCUGUGGCAGCCCGGCACGCCACCUCCACUCUCCCCACAGAAGACAGUAAGUGGUGGCGGUGCCUUCGGCUAUGGCGCUUCCCAUGCAAUGAUCCCGGCUGCAGCGUGGGGUAUGGCACUCCGGGCGCCUGUCGUCAUGUUGGCGCCUAUGCGCCCUGUGAUGAUGAGCCCUGGUAAACGGAUGGCGCGUGGAGGCACCGGAGUCUUCUUGCCGUGGACGGUGGGGCCCAAGAAGUACACCAAACACCUUCCCCCGCGUAUCCAGAAGCGGAGAUUCCCGUCCUUGCCAGCACCGUUGGAAGCAAAGGGGUAAGAAGUUUAGAUGGUUUGCCUCUCUUUUGGUAAAAAAAAAAAAAAAAAAAAAAAAAAAAAAAAAAAAAAAAAAAAAAAAAAAAAAAAAAAAAAAAAACCAAAAAAAGUGUUCACGGCUGUGUGUUUUGCUUUGAGUCGUUCCAGCAAAGAAAGAGUGAUGUUUAGGUCGUCUUCUUGCGAAUGUUACAAAAUCUAUAGAGCGUGUUCCGCGUACAAAAUCAAGUAGAGGUGAGGCGUACGCUGGUGUAGUGGUGCUUUGGUCCCCCCCUUUUUUGUUUGUAGCUCGGUUCUGUUCAUGUCCUUCAAUGGUGUUUUUUUUAUUAUCUAUGAAGAGGCUUUGUUGUUGCAGCUCUUUUCUUUUUAAUUCCCUUGUGUAGUUUUAUUUUAGGUUGUAGGCGGAAAAAGCUGAGGUAACAAGUGAAGCUUGAGACAAACUUUUUGUAAUAUGAUUCUGAGGAGUUCUUGUAUCCCUGAUCAUGAGUGUAAAUUAACCUUUGUGUCA